CAGUGCCCAGCUGCCAGCUGCCCUACUGGAUCAAUGAGAGCAGGUCCCGGAAAUGUAAUUGUUACUUCACUUACGUGUGACGGAGAUGCACAAUGGGUCGAUAGUCAGAACAAUGUGUAUACGUCUGCGCAGUGCGAAGCUCCUCAAUGCUCCGAAACUUAUUGUGAGAAAGGAACACUCACUGGCAAUCCUGAAAGAACAACACUAUCAAUAUUGACAUGUGAUGUUAACGCACAGUGGAUAGAUGGACAAUCGACACCAUAUACAGUUGCUCAGUGCGAAAUUCCAUGUGAUCGUUGCCCUGCCAUUACAAACGACGGGAUGACUUGUCUCACAGGCUUCAAAUGCACUCCAGUGUUGACAAAAACUAGUGGUAAAUACACUGUCCUACAAGCGCUCAACAAUGCCCAGCCAUCUCCUUUCCUGUCGUAA